AUGAGUACCGUUGAGUCUAUAAUCAUUUUUAAAACUCUGGAGGAGUUCGAAGAUAUUUUGGCAAAAUGCGCGUCCGAGAAUCAAUUGCUUCUGUUAGACUUUUACGCUGACUGGUGCGGUCCUUGUCGUGCUGCAGCCCCUCAGUUUCAUCAAAUCGCCGAGGAGUUCUCCGCGCGACGUGUUGUUUGCGGUAAAGUUAACGCGGAUCAUGCACGAGAGCUGUGCGAACGUGAAUUCGUAUUCGCGUUGCCCACAUUCAAAUUGUAUAGAAAUCGGGAAUGUGUGAGCACCGUGACUGGUGCUCGAAUGGAUCAACUUCGUCUGGUUCUGGACAAGCAUGCAAUGGAUUCAUCUAUUGUGCAAAUCAUGGGAGCGAACGACCCGAACGUGCGGCGUAACGCCGCACAAAUAAUAUCGCGUAUUUUUCACGAUGUGGUAGAAAAUCCACAGAGUGCUACCACACGCUGCUUAAAACUGUCGCAUCCCGAUUUUCAAACCUGUCUGCUGAAUGUCCCCGGAGCUAUGGAGUGUCUGUUUGCCGCAGGGUACCAUGUAAGUGUUGCUAUGAUGAAAUCUGUGAACUGGUGUUAUCUGUUUGAGAACAUGGAUGUUGUGUUUAUCACUGAUCCAAUUUCGGCGGAAGCCGAAGAUGGUCUGGUAUUAUCGGAGAAUGAGGAUCUUGGUCGUAUGAAAAUCAUGCUGGAAUAUCUUUCUGGACUAUGUAAAAAUUCUUCCAACAAUGGUGCUCAAUNAUCGGCCUCUGCUCCAACUCCAACUGUGACUCAACCCGCAAAGCCAACAAGUACACCCAGAAAAGUUGUACAGUCUUCAAACGUAAUGCAGACAAUGAAUUGGAUCCAGUUCCUCAAUCACGUGAUGGAGCCCGUUCGAACUGUAUUGUCCUACCUGGACCCGGAGGCCCGGGUGAGUUUUGUCGGAAUGGUUUGA